AUGGAAGCAGGCUUCAAUAACACAGCCUCCGACACGGACUUCAACAAUGACAGAAACCUCAGACGACAUCAGGUUGACAUAGAUAUGGAUUUCAUAUUCAAUGUUGUGCAAUGCAUUGUCAUCAGUAUCGGCCUUCUUUUGGUGCUCGUGACCAUCUAUGCUCUUUCCUCUCUGGUACGCCAGGGUCAAGUUGCUCCAAUAUACGUCAUCAACCUUCUCAUUUCAGACAUCGUUCAGCUCUGCUGCAUGAUCGUACUGGUGUCAAAUCCUGAGACUCCCAUGACUCUGUAUGUCUACUUCAGUGGUCUGUUGUCGAGUGUUGGCUUCAUGGUGUGCAUCUCACUGGAAAGGUACCUGGUCAUCGUGCACCCACUGUGGUACCGAUUCAAACGAACCAUCAAGAUCUCUGUGGCGGUCUGUGCCGUGGUCUGGGCCUUACCUCCUGUUUAUUACCUUAUUGUGCUUCCCUGGGUUCCUGUUAUAGGUUCAUGUAUAGUACUCUCUAUUGUCCUCAUCAUUCCCAUCCCACUGUUCAUCUUCUUCCUGGUCAGGACCCUCAGAGCCCUCUCUUCCUCCGUCUCGGUCCACUCUGAUGAAAAACGACGAAUAGUUGGACUUUUGGUGGUGGUGCUGCUCAUUUACACGCUGCUGUUCCUACCCGGCAUCAUUAUCUUACUGUUAUUGAUGGCUGGCUUUAAGUCUUUUAUCCUUCUCUUAAUGUCCAUUAUGUUACUUACUCUGAGUCCUCUGGCAGACAUGCUUCUGUAUAUCUUCAUCAGAAAGCAGAUCAUGGGAAACUGUCUGACCUCUUUGUGUUGUUGCAUAAAGGAGAGCAAUGAUCCCACCACAUCAGCAGUGGAUGUUGACGACAUUUAGACAGAAAGCUUUAAGGAGGCAGAGAGAGAGAAGAGAAAACAGAGCAAAUGUACUCCAUAAUCAGAGUAUAUCCAAAUGCAUGAAUAAGGACCAUGUUUGUCAUGUUGUUAAUCAUCUUUGAAAGCAUGAAAACUAGCUUCACACACUUGUGGAUCUUUAAUAAUUAUAUCUUUUACUUCUGCAGCAACCAGAACUUAGCUUCAUGACUCCUCCCACUCCAUGAGUCAAUUAACAGACGCAGUGAUACAGCUGCUAGGCAAUUGUGAUUACUACUGAUAGUUAGCAUAAGAAAAGCGCUAGGCUAACGUAACUUUCCAUCUCUAUCCAAUUCAGCUUGAGAAGGCAUUUGACAGAGUAGAGUGAGGGUUUCUGAUAAAGGUCUGGAAAAAUCUGGUUUUGGGGAAGAAUUAAUCAAAUGGGUUAAAGUGGUCUACACAGGGCCGAGAGCAUCAGUGCUCACCAACGGACAAACGUCCCCCUUUCUUCAACUCAUACGCUUCCAUCUUCAAAUGUUCUUCAUGGCACAGAAAUAAAUCACAUGAUGAAUUAUGUGUAAA